CACCAAGAUCGAUACCGAUGGCACCGUCGUAAACCUCGUCGCUCAUGAUGAAGGAUAUAGAGGGGUAUAAAAAGGGAAAAAAGAUGGGGGGAGAUGGAAGGAGGAAGAGGUGAGAGGUGCUGGGAGCUUAAGAAAAGGCUUGCGGGUAGGCGAUUUUCGAUUUUCGCGGUCUGUGCAUCUCAUCUUUUUUUCACUUCCCCAUUUCGUCCGAGGUCUGGACGCCAAGCCCUAUCCAUUCUCACACCCCAGCAACAUGUUGUGACCCUUUGUCGGUUGAUGCGGGUCUUGCAGAGUGUCUUGUUCGGAGAAUUGCUGCGUUGGGCCGAGAUGAUAUUGGUCCGAGUAAGGCAGCUUCCUCUCUUGUCGAGUGCACCUUCCUAGAAACAAUUGAUCUGAAGAGGCAACCACGAGUUCCUUCCUCGCUUAGCUCACCACGACCACAGCUCAUCAACCAUGGCAGCUUCGAUACAUCAACC